GCUCCCACCCACCCCCGGCCAUUUCGGGAAAGCACGGAGGUCGACUUCCCACAGUUCUCUCCUGCUCCUUUUCCCGGAAUCCACACUUGCAACUGCAGGAGGCGUCCAACAGCAGCUGGUGAUCGCGGAUCCGACGACUGAGCUCGACCAUGGGCUGGUUCAAGCGGCGGGUACCCUGGUGGUUGACCGCGGCGUUGUUAAGCGUCGUCUCCCUCUCCUCCUUUCUCCAUUACGGGGCCCGCUGCCGUGUAGGAGGAGCCGUCCACUUUCCCGGCAGCUAUCGGAUGGCCGAACCGCGGAAGCUUCUCGGAAUUGGAGGGGGAUCGGAGGAGGGAACGAGGGCGGAGAGGAUGGGGGAGGAGGAAUGCUCCAAGGACGACAUCCUGCUGUACCAGGGGGCGACGGCGCCGCUGCCAAAUGGGAUCCCGACGUACACGGUGCAGAUCCUGAACGCGUGCCCAACGAGGUGCUCGGUGGCGGACAUCCACGUGAGGUGCGGCUGGUUCAGCUCCGCCCGCCUCAUAAACCCCCUCCUCUUCCGCCGCCUCCGCUUCGACGACUGUCUCGUCAACGAUGGCGCAGCCCUCGCCUCCGGUGAGAGCCUCUCCUUCCAGUACGCCAAUACCUACCGCUAUCCUCUGUCCGUAUCCUCCGUCGCCUGCUGCUGACUCGCUCGCUGCACCGCACCGCACCAACGCGGAAAUGCAUGCGUGCGUGCGUGCGGCCGUAUCUAUCUUUAUAUAUAGCUGCUGAUAAGAUUAUGCAUGCGUGCAUGUCAAUAACAUGGAACCAUAAUAAUGCAAGUAAAUUGUAAAAAAUUCGUCUCGUCUUUAGUUUAUGCAAGUAAAAGAGAGCAGUUGUACGCAUGGGUGCGAUCGAGUGUGACAGGUCAGGUCGACUUCAGCCAUCUUAAUUAUCUUCUGAUUACAAGAAGAUGGUCUCU